GACAGCGCCUAAUAUCGGUCGUCAUGGCGCGCGAGGUCCUGAAAUUCCAGGCGUCAGGUCCGCACCCCGUGACCGCGGACGACGCGGCGCUCAGCCCUCGGUCCGGCUGCAUGGUGAUCACCCUUGCCUUCCCGAGACCCACGCAGAUCGGGGAGAUCACAUUCAGGAAUUACUACACGUGGGCUGUAGGAGUGCACGUGCUGCGUGCCAACGUCGGAGGCGCCACCAACAAAAGCACCUCUAAGGGUGGGGUGACAGGGAGCGGAUUGAUGGGGGCUGGGAUUGGUCUCCUGAAAGGGGAAGGAGGGGAGUGGAGGGACCCUACGGCUUGGCAGGUUGGGGUGGCCAACAAGGUGAUCAUGCCCCACCCUCACACCGAGACUGCAUCGCACGCGUUCAUCUCCAUCACUUGUUUGGAGAGCCGCGUGGAGUGGCAGGAGGUGUUGGGACUGCGCCUGGUGCUGCGGCAGCCAUCACCCGUGUGGAGGACCUUCUCCGUGGACGACAUCACCGCAUACAGGGAGCUGCCCAGGCUACCCACCUUCAGCGUGUCUGUCCUGCCGCAGCACCAGCAGGCGCUGCAGGCGCAGGAGACGCCCCUGGAGCGCCUUAUCCGGCAGACUGACAACGCCCUCAGGACGCCACCGCCACGAGCCCCCGGGGCACGGCAGGACGAGCCAACAUCGUUGGUGGGAAACUACGACAUUACUUCGUUGCAGUACGCGUGAGCAGCUCAGAGAGACAGUGAACGCAUAUUGAAGGAAAUUUUGCACUCUACAUACAUUAAUUGAUUUAACUUUCGUGUGUGCGAUCUGAAUUGCAUUUUGGUAAACUACCUCAUUACAAUUUCAAAUCCUUGAGAGAAAAUGAACAUUGGAGUGUUUGAAAUAGAACCGGUAGAACGUAAGGCAAGGCUGUAGCGACAUGCUAACUUGUGAUGCAGCACAUCACAACACAUCUUGCAUGUGAUGUAUUGCGCUAGCUGUAAACUUAUUACGUGGUGUGGUGCGAUUUGUGUGAAUAAUUACACGAAGAGGUGCGCUAUCUGCAAUAGAUCGAGUAAUAUAGUGCGCUGACUACAAAUACUUUGUACGACUUCUCGCGUAUCUGACUCGAGGGGUAAAAGGUCCGUGGCGAGUGAAAGUUUUCUCAAGAAUCGUAUGAUUCUUAAGAAACGUAAAAUUCAUUGUAAAGAAACGUGCUCAUUGCUCACUAAUGAAUCGUAGCCUUGUAAUCGUCAACCUUUUGUAUUUGGUUGAGUUUUUUGCAUUAGAAGGAAUAGAUUUAUAACAAAUCAAAGGGAUAUUUACAGUUAUUGUAAACCAUGUUCUCGAUACCAGUCGCUGAAGUAAAUUCUGUUAACUAAGAAACUACUGGCACACUAAUAUAAUCCUCAUAUAGAAUAUUUUUUAUGGAGUAUUGGCCUUCGUCCAGAAUGUAAUCCCCAUUUUUGUAUACAAAUAAUUUUUGUUCAAAAAUAUCAAUCACAGAAAGAGCUAAGUUUUUGUCUAAUUGUUAUUUCUGUGCUUUUUUAUAACUAAUUUUUUUAUGUCACACGGCCAUCUUAUUUGCACCUAAGUUACCAUGUGUUCCGUCAAGAAACUAAAAUCUAAUCUUGUCGCCACCACAUCUACCCGGAGAUGAGGUCCUGCCAAGCAUUUAUUAUUUACGAACGCGGAAGCGUUUUUUAGUGCCCUUUACUUUCUAUGUAAGGACGUUCGCUGGAACAAACGUUGAGAAAAACGUCCACCUAACUGCAAAACAUAGGCGAACUUUUACCCAGAGCUUAUCGAAUUAGAUUGCAUUCUGGCAGUUAUGUACUCGCUGAGAAUAGAAUAUGUAAAGGCCCUACGUGGGUAAUUUGGCCUUAUACCCCAUUAGAACCAUCAAAAAUAAAAGACAAGUUACAUUAAUCACGUGAACACUUUCGUUCAAGAUCUAUGCAAUAUGCGCUACUUCGUCACAAGAACUCGUGUAGCAGGGGUUGUACGUGUAGGAGGUGCUGGAUCAGAAACGACCACUAUAAUAUCGCGAUGUUUGCGAAAUGCAAGAACCGAUCUUCUUGUGCAAAGGGAAAAAAUAGAAAGCUAGGAGAACGUCAGUUUUAUUUGCUGCCUGGAGGUGCCAGGAGCAGCGAACGCUAGAUAAUGGUUCAGGAUGCCUGUAGUUUUUCCCGUCAAUCCCGAAACACGAGUUGAUUGUGGAGAACGGAGUAGCGUAAAAAAAGUAACAAUACAUUUUCACGAGAGUGUCCUUGUCACACCUUUUUAGCGCAUUUUCUCAUUUAUAGAAAAAA